UUGAAACGAAAUUGGUAAAGCAAGGCUGAAGAAAGAUGUCUCGAGUCACAAAACAACAGCUUCCAAAGGCUUUGCUAAUUCUCAUUUGUUGAUAGAAGCCCUUGAGAGGGAAAGUUAAAGAGAGAAAAGAAAAAAAAAGUUUAGCUAAACUUUAUUGACACCGCUUAGGGGUGGGGGAAAAUUGCAUAACUUUUUUUUUUUUUCGUGGUGUGGGGGUGUGGAAAUUGUUUUACAGAUUUUUUUUUUUAACAAGACGUCAGCGAAAGGCGGAAAAGAAGUUUGAAAAUAUAUAUAUUCUGGGAACUUUACAUCAACUGUGAAAAUCGGAAAUAAAGAUUCUGAUUUUGUUUUGGGUAGGAGGGAUGGACAGUGUAUUUUGUAAAAAAACAGGGUGCCCCUAUACUACUACAGCCACUAUGGACUCCUUAGACGGCGGUCAAAACAGGAAUAAAUUUAGCGUCAGUCACCUUCUGGACCUGGAAGAGGUGACCGGGGUGAAUGGAAUAAGAGAGCCCGUCGGAGGGAUGAGGGAAGUCGGGAAGGGGCUGCAGGAACAGUCCGGGUUAAGCAGUGGGAGUGAGACAGCCUUGCAGGACACAGAGAGUCUGAGUGCCAGCGAGAGCCUGGCAAAGAGGAAGAAGAAGCAGAGGCGGAGCCGCACCACGUUCAACAGCAGCCAGCUGCAGGCGCUGGAGAGAGUGUUUGAGAGGACGCAUUACCCCGAUGCCUUUGUGAGAGAGGAGCUGGCGCGCAGGGUCAACCUCAGCGAGGCCAGAGUGCAGGUCUGGUUCCAGAACAGAAGAGCGAAGUUCCGUCGCAAUGAGAGGGCGGUCCUUGCUAGUCGCUCAGCCAACCUCCUCAAAUCGUACAGCCAGGAAGUGGUGAUGGAGCAGCCAGUGGCCCCACGCCCUGCCCCCCUCAGCCCGGACUAUCUGUCCUGGUCCUCAGCUUCAACAUACAGCACUGUGCCUUCCUACAGUUCAUCCAGCACUUCCUCCUCGGGUCAUGGGGUCAGCAUGGCCAAUAGCAUCGCCAGCCUGAGACUAAAGGCCAAGGAGUUCAGCCUGCAUCAGAGCCAGGUGCCCACAGCCAACUGAGCUUCCGGGAGAGCCCAGAGCCAAGACUAGAGACUAAAAAGACUUUGCGAAAAGAACUAGACUGGGGGUCUGUGGCCAUUGAUCCAGGCAGAGGGGCAUUUCAUCCACUGGUAGCAGGCAGUUCUCUCAGUGCUUUUCUACCACACAGCACUAUGACAUAACCUGCAGUCACAAUGGAGCUCUCUUGCAGUAUUAAGACUUUUUAAUUUUUUAAAAUUUUAAUUUUGUUGUCUGUCUGUGGCUAUUGAUGUAAAAAAUAAAUUUAAAAAAAAUGAAGGAAAUGCAAAGAUAUCCUGAAAGAUUGAUUGCCUAAGAAUAAUGUUUCUGGGAUGUUUCGAGUUGUACUUGAAUAUUUUUGUGAAUGGUAAGUUUCCUAGUAAUAGCUGACUAUAAUAGCUGACAGCAAUAGACAGAUAUUCUAAAACAAUGAUCUGGAGAUCUGAGACGAGAUUGUUUAUAACCAGGUCUCUUUGGCGUCACUGUUGAUCGAGUGGGUAUUUCAAAAUCUGUUCAAUCUGGUAUCCCGUGAGGACAUUUAAAAACAUUCACUGGGAAUCAACUGUUUUUAAAUGGUGCUGUAUUUGGUCUGACAUUAGGAAUGUGAAUCAGCCCAUGGAAGUCCCCAAGCCCUAGUUUAGACCAGCUGGUCUUCAAACAAGUUGAUGUUGAUUAAGAUCCAUUGCCACGUUUCCAGCUCCAAAUGAAGAGCCAGGUUAUCAAACAAUGGGUCUCGUUUCGAAUGAUCCACGCUCACCUCCCCCUCGACUGAUUAACAAAAACACGCUGUCACUGGUUGUCAACGCACAGGAACGCUAUGAAAGCCCAGGCACUGAAUCUGUGGACCACAGAGCACAAUCAGCACCUAAUUGUAAUUGUGCUUCAUGUUUGUACAAUUCUGUUUCUUGUAACAAGAUCUGCAGGCAGUUUUGCAUGCCUGUGUCCGUCCUCCAUCCCACCCACCCCUGUCCUAUUUUUUUUUUUUUUUUUUGUAAAAUAAACGUUUGUGAAAUAUCGAGGAAGUAAAUAUUUAACUGAGUUCCACAUCGUCUAGACAAGACAACAGUCCGAUCAAAGCCCUUCUGCACGCCUAAACUUCCAUGAAGAAUAACCACAUUGUACUGGCUGCUCAGCGAAGCUUCCUGGAGUUUGGAUCAGAGAACAGGACCAUCUGUCACCGUACUGAACAAUGUGGAGCUCUGACAAGGAUUCAGUUUUCCACUGUCUCAGACACUUAUUUACAGGACUUGCCCGAGUGCCCGUUUUUGAACUGACAGCUAUUGUGUAUCGUCUCAGCCUAGUCCCUUUUGUGUGUGAUUUUUUUUUUUUUUUUUUACCCCUAGCAUACUUGAUCCUGAAUUUUGAUCAGGAAACUUUCUUGUUAUGUUUUGAGUUUUGCUGGAGUGUGUAAAUAAAUGUAAUUGGACAUAGCCAGUAUAGCCACUAUUACAACACCCAGCCACUUGAUGGCACUAUAGUAUGUGUAUGUGCUAUGCUGAAAUUAUUAUUAAAAGUAAACGUUUUCACAAUUAUCCAGAUAGUGCAUUCUGAGUUCUGAAGGGCACGUGAACCUGGUGAUGCCCAUCUCUAGUAAGUACUGGUUUGCCUGGACCUCAUAUUGCUGUGCAAAUGUACGUAUUGAUUGGUUUGUGAGAUAUACAUACUGGUUCACAUCCGACAUCCUGUAAUAGGCUUGGGUUGUCUAUAGUUUAGCA